GCCCGGCUCCCAGCCGCCCGCGGGGCCCGGCGCGCCGCGCGGUCGGCCGGCAUGAGUCGCGGCGGCUCCUCCGGCUCCGCGAGCCUGGACCGCGCCCGCCCCGGCGCCCUGGCGCCCGCGUCUGAGAAAACUCAUGACCAUUUUUUGGAAGGCCCCGUCACUCGGGAGCGAUUAAACCACUAUCGGCAUGUGGCUGAAGAGGCUCGAAGUGAACUUGCAGCAACCUUGGUCAAAUUUGACUGUGCUCAGUCUGAGCUUCAAGACCUCAGAUCCAAGGUGCUUUCUCAAGACGUCUCCUGUCAAGAAUUGAAAGCUGAAAUGGAGAACUACAAAGAAAACAAUGCCAGAAAAUCAUCUUUGCUUGCUUCUUUGAGAGACAGAGUUAAGGAGCUAGAAGAAGAAACAGCAGCAAUUUCCACUUCUAAAAUUAGAACAGAAAUCACAGCUCACAAUGCAAUCAAGGAGAACCAGGAGUUAAAGAAGAAAGUUGUAGAACUAGACGAGAAAUUACAAAAGUGUUUAAAGGAAAAGGAGGAGAAUAAAAAUCAAGCCUUGGAGAAUUGCAGGAAACAGGAAGAAUUUCUAGUUCAACUGCAUGAUUGCUUAGAUCCAGACAAGAAGAAUGAAAAGGCAUCAGAUGAAGAUUUAGUUCUAAAGAUUAGAGAGCUGUGCAAGGAAAAUGCAUCUCUGAAAGGACAAAUUGCUACUCUUGAAGAGACUGUAAAUGUCCAUGAGAUGGAGGCAAAAGCUAGCAGAGAAACUCUCAUGAGGCUGGUUUCAGAAGUAAACAGAGAGCAGAGGAAAGCUGCCUCCUGCACUGAAGAGAAAGACAAGCUGAACCAGGACCUGGUCAAUGCCACAGAGGCAAAGGAAGCUCUUGAAAGGGAAGUUAAGCUCUUCCAGGAAAGGCUGCUUGCUGGCCAGCGGGUCUGGGAUGCCUUGAAGCAGGAGCUGAGCCUCUUGAAGCAAAACUCUUGUGAGUUGGAGAAGAAUGCGAAGGCUAAUUUGGAUGCAGCCACAGCCUCACAAAGCCAGUACUCCUCAUUCAGGGAGAAAAUUGUAGCCCUUCUUAGGGGCAGCUUGAGCAUGACUGGAUCCAUGGAGGAUGCCAUUUUGCAGAGGAUUCGAGAAAUGGGCAGCCAGGACGAGAGCAGGGGAAGGAUGGUCUCCCAGCUUGAAACCCAAAUAUCUGAGCUUGUUGAACAGUUGGGAAAUGAGUCUGGGUUUCACCAGAAAGCUCUGCACAGAGCCCAGAGAGCAGAACACAAGUUGGAGACUCUUCAGGGUCAGCUGACACACCUGGAGGGGGAGCUGGUUUCUGGAGAUGUUUUGCGAGACAACUUGCAUUUUGAGAAACAAAAAUAUCUUAAAUUUCUGGAUCAGCUCUCAGAGAAAAUGAAAUUGAACCAGAUAGCUGCUGAACUUGGCUUUGAUAUGCGUCUAGAUGUAGUUUUAGCUCGCACGGAGCAGCUAGUCCACCUUGAGAGCAACGCAGUCAUCGAAAACAAGACUAUUGCCCACAAUUUACAGAGAAAGCUCAAGACUCAGAAAGAGAGACUGGAGAGCAAAGAAUUGCACGUGAAUCUCCUCCGGCAGAAGAUAGCACAGCUGGGGGAGGAGAAGCAGGUGUGUGCGGCCUUGGCCGUGGAACGGGAUGAGGCCAGUCUCACCCUAAGGAAGUUACAGAAGAAGGUGGAGAGGCUGCAGAAGGAGCUGAGCGUGUGUCAGGAAUCAAACACUGAGCUCAAAGCCAAGCUGGCUGAUACCAAUGAGCUUAAGAUCAAAACUUUGGAACAGACCAAAGCCAUUGAAGACCUAAACAAAUCCAGAGACAAGCUUGAGAAGAUGAAGGAGAAAGCUGAGAAAAAGUUACUGUCUGUCAAGUCAGAACUGGAUACUGCAGAGCAGGAGGCUCAGCAGGAUAAAGAGAGGGCCCGGAGCAUGAUAGAAGUGGUAACCAGCGAAAUGAAGACCCUGAGGAAGUCUCUGGAAGAUGCGGAAAAGAGAGAAAAGCAGCUGGUGGAUUUCAGGGAGGUGGUGUCCCAGAUGCUGGGCUUGAACAUGACCAGUCUUGCUCUUCCUGACUAUGAAAUCAUCAAAUGUCUGGAAAGUCUGAUUCAUUCACAUCAGCAUCACUUUGUCACCUGUGCCUGCAUCAAAGAUGUGACUACUGGGCAAGCUAGGCACCCACAACACCCCUUAAAACUUCUUCACUGAAUGUCGUAUCUCUUGAGGGAGGUGGAGCUGAAAGAUAGGGCACAAUUCUCAAUUUCACAAAUCCCAAACCUUUGAAAUUUGAUUAGUGUGUGAAUAUGGUACACUUUGAUGAUAAAGCAAGACUCUUAUCAGUGGCAAAAAAGCAUCUCAAAGGUGCCAGCCGUAGGUAAAUGUUUGACACCAAAACCACCUAUUAUUUCAUUUGCUUGUGAUUUGGGACCUAGAAGAAUCCCACCCUGUUGUGUAUCUAGAAUGGAAAUGGCGGAGAAUUAACAUUUAUGGGGUAUCUUUUAUGAGAUGGGGCUUUACCACCUAAUUUAAUUCUCAUAAUAAGUAUGUGGAGAGGCUUUAAUGUGUGUCUAUUUGACAGCCUGUCUGGAGCUCAGAGAGGGUGUUUCCCACCCAAGAUCGCAGGUGGUUAGUGGCAGGACCAGAGCGGAUACCACGUCGGCUCUGUGUCAAAGGCUGUGCCUUCUCUGCCCCUCCACGGGCCUCCCAUUGCUCCUGAAUCCCUGUGGUUCUACUGACAAUUGCCAGCAUAAAGGAAGAAAACAUUCAUAUAAUCAAGAAUUGAAGUCCAAAAGUAACUGGGUUCUAUGAUUUCUUUAAAAAGGAACACAUCUAAUUAUUUGGAUAAAACAUACACAGGUCUGAGGUCUGAAACUUACCUAUUCUAAAUGUUGCUGCCAGAUCAUGUUUGUUAGUAAUUUUUAAUGUUUGUCCAGGGCAGAUCUUAGUACUUUAAAAAUGAAACUUUUAGAAUGUACAACCUGUAAGAUGAAGGAAUCCUGCACAGUUUUAUUCACCAAUAUAUUAACUGCACUCACAGAAUUUCUGUCACUUCUUACCUUCCUUUUAAGUUUCUAUUUCACAAACAUUUCUUCAGGAAACCAUAUUCUUAACUUGAGUGAGAGGAAUGUAUUACUCAUUUUGGGUGAUUCUUAUUUUUGCCAUAUGAAAAAAAGCAUUGGUGUCCAAUUAAAGGAGAAGGACAAACAAUAGAUUACACCUAAACAUUAAAAGAGAACGGAAACUCUACAGGAAAGGAAAGGAAUUUGAGACCUGGAGGUUGGAUGACAGACCACGUGGAGGGAGAGUGACCAAAGAUCUCCACUGGGGGUGGGUCUCCUCCGCCUGGCUUUCUCUGUCCUGUGCAGGGGCAGAUGAAGUACGUUUUGCAGUGGAGUAAACACACCUGCACAGCCCUGACUGAGGACAGGAGCUAGGUUGGUCUGCAGCAGGCAGGAGGGCAGCCUUGUAUUUCCCAGGGGAAGGCCUGCCGUCUCUGGAGGGCCCCUCACAUGCUCCAAAGGUGCAACGGCUGCUACCCUGGACCUGCCUUCACCUGGAGGAGGCGACUUCCCCAUCGGGGUCUCUGGAGGGUCUCACUGCUGAGUGGCUGCCAUAGACAGGGGGCUCCAAAGGUGGAGGGAUUGUUUCUGUCCAUUCUGUGAGUUUUCAUUUUCCAAAUAAAAUCUUUAAUGAACUUCA